AUGGGAAAUCUCAACCUUUUAAUUGGUGCCAACCGUUGGCAAACUCACUUGCUUGUUGGGGGUGAUUCAAAAAUUGACCUCACUUCAGCUCUGAUCUUUGGCUGCCGAGCUUCGGGGAAGCUUCGGGAGCUCUGGAGAGCUCUUGGGCUUUUUUGCCCCGCAAAAUCGCCGCGGGGCUCACCGCCUGCGUCAUUCACCGCCACAAUAAUCCGGGGUCAAGCUCGAAGCUUAACCUUGAGUUUGUUUCGAAUGCUACGGGAAUCUUCCAAGCAACGUCGCUUCGUCCGCUAA